UGGGCGGUCGUGUUGCCGGUCGUCAGGACGUGGCAGGACCUGACACCUUCCCUCUCCUCUCCCCGCCCCUCCAGCCUCGCGGCGCGGAGCACCAGCCCAGCGCCGCUUCUCUGAAGCAAUUAUUCUUUAAUAGACAAUUGCCUGGGUUGGGGGCAUGUCCUUUCGCACUUUGUUUCCUGCUCCUCAUUUCACCUAGGUCAGGCUCAGAGCAAACACUCGUCUGCCGCACUAGGUCUCAGGUCCCAUAUCUUGUGGCCCACCAGGGCAGCAGAAGUGAGUUUCCUGUUGGAGCUUUCUUCCUCGCCCUGGAAGGUCCCAAGAUUAGGUCCUAAAAUCCCAGCCUUUUUAGGUAUUAGAAAGGCAGUUAUUGGAAUGGCCUAUGACAUCCUAGAGGCAAGGACUUCUUGCCUCACCUCAUUUCUGGACCAUCCCAGCUACAGCAUCACAUGUGCGAGCACAGGUGUAUUGUGACAUGCUCAAACCUGUGCAGGUAAACAGAAGGUAAAGUUCUUAAUAAGACAUUUCUUCUGUAACAUGUGGUGUGUCGAGAACACAGAGUAAAGUGUGUAAAUGUUUUUUUGACAGUCAUUUGUGAUGAUUUACAUAACUCAUUUGCAACUUCCUUACACCUAUCUUAUGUGGUCCUCCCUACUUUGUUCUGAUAGAACCAUUUUGCCACAUCAUAGCAUUUCCCCAUUCUCUGUCCGUGCAAGUCAUGCUUACGUGCAUACCUACAGAAUGUAGUCAGCAGUUUGAGGAGAAUAUAGUAUGUGUCAUUUCUCUGCACUUGGGAGAAAAAAAGUUCAAAAAUAUUUUCACUUCUCAGCUCCCAGGAGAUAAUGUGAGAGCUUCAGGAGAGUACUUGAGCACCUGAGUGGUGCUGACUGGCCAGGUUUCUUCCUUCCACAGACAAUGCCUCCGACCCUGGUGUAACAGCGAAGCUUCUCUGCAUUGAUGUUGUGGAAAUUAAGGGAGAGGCUUGUUUAGCCUUUACAGAUAAUGGUGCUGGAAUGACACCCCACAAACUUCACCAUAUGCUCAGUUUUGGCUUCACGGACAAGGCAGCGAAGAAGAACCACCCAUCCAUAGGGGUGUAUGGCAAUGGCUUCAAGUCAGGCUCUAUGCGGCUGGGAAAAGAUGCCAUUGUCUUUACUAAGAAUGGAGGUGCGCUCAGCGUGGGGCUCCUUUCACAGACCUACCUGGAAUGUGUCCACGCUCAGGCUGUUAUUGUCCCAUUGGUACCAUUCAGCCAGCAAAACAAGAAAAUGAUUGUAACAGAAGACUCUGUGCCAAGCCUUGAGGCCAUCUUGAAAUAUACUCUCUUCAACACGGAGGAGGAGCUGCUGUCACAGUUUGAUGCCAUUCCAGGCAAGAAGGGCACACGUAUCCUCAUCUGGAACAUCCGCAGAAAUAAAGAUGGAAAGCCAGAGCUAGACUUUGAUACAGACAGGUUUGACAUUCGGAUAUCAGACUUCAACACAGAGGAAGCAGAGAAUCCUGGGAGGAAGCUACUACCUCCACACCUCGAGAAGAUUCAGGAGUCCUCUGCACCAGAAACGGAGUACUCCUUACGGGCAUACUGCAGCAUCUUGUACCUGAAGCCCCGCAUGCAGAUUGUUCUGCGACAGAAGAAGGUGAAGACUCAGCUGAUGGCCAAGAGCUUGGCCCAUAUUGAAUAUAAUGUAUACAAACCCACCUUCGUAAAUAAAAGAGUGAAGAUUACCUUUGGGUUCAACUGCAAAAAUAAAAGCCACUGUGGGAUCAUGAUGUACCACAACAACCGACUUAUCAAGUCCUACGAGAAGGUUGGCUGCCAGAUGAAGGGAGAUGGUGUGGGAGUAAUCGGGGUGAUUGAGUGCAACUUUCUUAAACCAGCACACAACAAACAGGACUUUGAAGAAAACAAGGAAUACCGACGGACAGUCACUGCCCUGGGACAGAAACUCAAUCUUUACUGGAAAGCGAAGAUGGCCCAGAUGAACUUGGGAACUUCAAAUGCAUCCAGCAUGAUAGCAGAGAGACCAGAUCAGACAUGGGUGCAGUGUGAGGAGUGCUUGAAAUGGAGGAAGCUGCCUGACAAAAUAGAUCUGUCGUCGUUACCGGAGAAGUGGUUUUGUUACCUCCAUCCCCACCCCAAGUACAAAAGCUGCUCAGCACCUGAGGAACAGGAGCUCAGCGAUGAGGAGAUGAAUUCCAGCUAUGACAGAAAGUUCAGGAAACAAGAUCAGCCCUCAGACAGGAAGCAGAGAAAAUCAUCAUCUUUAGAAAACCUGGAGCACCAGGUGUCAUCCCCUGCUUCAGAGCCCUCUCCUGCUGAGAAUGACCGUAUCAUAAGUUCUGUGAAACAGGAGCCUGAGGAAGAGGCCUCUGAUGGGAUUGCUGGCUCUAACACUCCUCCACCUGCUCUGGAAAAGUUCAAUGCUGCCCAUUGGACCAUUGGGCCACUAAAGCGAAACAUGUUGCAAACUGGAGGGUAGGUGGUAGGGUGCAAAUUGCUGCACUCUCGUCAGUUAUGCAUCCUCUCUGACCCUGGGGCUGAGCCUGCUUGCUCCUGGAGAGGAAGAGCAUGGGAUGGAGUGGGAAAGGGUGAGCUGAGAAUCUGAUCAAAACGGGUGUCUGCUGGAGCCAGCAGAUUUGCCUCUGUUCCUCUGCAUGUCUUUUUAACUAGAUGUUCUGUACAGUUCAGCUUCUCUACUGCUUUGCUGGCAUUGGAAUGGGAACAUGCAGGGCUCUGAUAAAUGAACCGUACAGUUCUGUUUUAAUUGUGGCUCCAACCAGGGUUACUAUAUUUCCUGCCGAACUGUCAGUGCUGUUCUUAGAGCAGCACUUGCUGGUUCCCAGGUGAGACAUUGGUGGAAGGGAUGUAUGGCAGAAGGAGUUUGCUUAUUUCCCUACUGGGUACCUCUACUAGGCACAUCUCUGCCUCUCUAGCUUCUCCCCAGUAGUACCCAGUACUACUGGGUAGUAGUACUGGGUACUACUACCCAGUACUACUACCCAGUUAAGUAAACUUAACUUUAGCAGUUAAGUUUAGCACCCUUAACUGCUAAAAGGCCAAAAGUUGGAAUGUUGCUGUCAAAGAGGAACAUGUUGCAAGGUAUGUGGCUGGCUGUGUUUUAUAUGUUCACUUUUUAGUUUAUAAGCAGACAAGGUUCUUUAGGUAACUGUGAUAUCUUUUAUUAGACGAACUAAAUUUUGGCGCAUGAAUUGAUCGUUGACCUUUUUAACUUCAGACAAGGAGAGAAGAGCAGUGAGAAUAGUGGAAGGGCCACCUUUAUGUACAGUCAGUCUUGAGCUGAAUUCCUGUUGGAUAUCCUUUGUGCUAUGCUAGUUGAUUCUCUUCCAUUUCUAUGGGUUAGGGGAAUGCACUUCCUAUCAUCAGAUUGAGAUAGGAGAUUCAGCAAAACCUGUGAAGUCACCUCUUGUAAGAAGCCAGGUUCUAGCUGAAGAAUCCAGUCCAUUUCUGGUAACUGACAGGUGAAUAGUUUUUUCUGGCCAAGAGAAGCUUCUUGGGGAAAUCUGAAUUGCACUUUGGGUUUUUAGGUGUGUGUUUUCCCCUCCUGUAUCUUGUCCUGGUGUUGCCUGCAUCAUACUGGUAGUCAGUGAACUAAAGUUUACGUUCAUUUGAGUGAUGUAGUACACCAUUCUAUCCACUUGGUGGUGCAGUUUGUCCAUUUUUCUAUAAGACUGCUUGGGGAGAUGAGCAUUUUGUGGUGGUGGCUUGUUUGCUCUUAUAGUUAAAUGGUAGCGCAAGUGCAGUGGUGAGAGUAGACCUUCUCAAGCUGAUCAGUGAAGUACUGGUAAUUAACAUGCAGCUAGCUUAUUGCCAACUUCUAAUUCAACCCUGAAGGAACUUGGGAAUAUGGGAUGCCUCUUUUCCAUCUGAAAUAAUUGCUGUACUUGCUGCUGCUGCAGAUGGGAGAGAGGUGUGCAAGAGAAUCUCUGUAUUAAAACACAUUUUAUGCUAUGAAAAGCUUGAGAACUUCUAGAGUAGAUGGUGAAACCUGCUGGUGGACUAGAUGGUGACAGUAACCUCAUUUCCUAAAGUCUUUGCUAGGCAGCAUGUGGGGAUGGGAAUAGAGGGAAUACUUAGUUUGCCAAGCAAACAAGUUGUCUUUAAGCCUCCCUCAGAGGCAUUGGUGCUGGCUACAGCUAAGGCUGGGAACUUUGACUGGGGUGUGCUAAUGCUU